UACACAUAAUAAGCUCUUACCUCAAAUUUGAUCAAACUCUGGAUCAACGCAAACAACUUUUCAUCAAAGCUCAUCAUUUAAUCGCUUUUUAGUCAAGUUGAUAUCAAAGGAAGAAACAUCAACAAAUUACUGUAUUUUUAUCUGUCUAUUAUAUUCAAUCGAGUGAUUAUAUGUUGAUUGUUGCCGAUAUGGAUUAAAUUGAUUGUUUAUAAUCAAGUCAAGUUUAAAGUCAAGAGUGUAUCAAAAGCUAACCAGUCUUGUGAAUAUAACCAGAAGAGUUUUCCAGUCUAAGUGAUUAUCUGUUGGAGUCAAGUGAAUAUCUUAAAUGGAUUGGGUUGAAUAUCGAACGGCUGGUAAACUAAUGGUUGAUUAUAUUGCCGAUUAUAUGGAAAACAUUCGUGAUAGGCGAGUUUUUCCAUCAGUUAAACCUGGUUAUAUGAGGGAUUUAGUACCCGAUCUUGCUCCAGAAGAGGGUGAACCAUGGUCAACAAUAUUUACUGAUAUUGAAAAGGUAAUUAUGCCAGGAGUAACUCAUUGGCAAAGUCCCCAGAUGCACGCUUAUUUUCCCGCACUCAAUUCACCAGUUUCAUUGCUUGGAGAUAUGUUGUCUGAUGCAAUAAACUGUCUUGGUUUUACUUGGGCUUCAUCGCCAGCUUGCACUGAAUUAGAGUUAAUUGUAAUGGAUUGGUUGGGUAAAAUGAUUAACCUUCCAGAUGAUUUUCUGCAUACUCGGCCAGAUUCAAUGGGUGGCGGAGUUAUUCAGACAACUGCUUCUGAGGCAACUUUUGUGGCUUUAUUAGCUGCUCGAACCGAGGCUCUAAGAAAAUAUCGAGCCAUGGUUGAUGAAGAGUUUGAAGAUGCUGAGCUGAACAGACGAUUGGUGGCUUAUUGUUCAGAUCAGGCUCAUUCUUCAGUUGAAAAAGCUGGUCUUAUUGGUUUAGUUAAGAUGAGAUACAUUGAGACGAAUGAUGAUCUCUCAAUGAGAGUUGAUUGUCUCAUCGAAACAAUUGAACAAGAUCAACAGCAAGGAUUGAUACCGUUUUUCCUUUGUGCUACACUUGGUACAACAGGAGCUUGUGCUUUCGAUAAUCUAACCGAAAUUGGUCCCAUUUGUGUAGCUCAAGAUAUUUGGAUUCAUGUUGAUGCAGCUUAUGCUGGAACAGCUUUCAUUUGCCCAGAGUUUCGCAAAUGGAUGAAUGGAAUUGAAUUUGCCUCAAGUUUUGCUUUUAACCCAUCUAAAUGGAUGAUGGUUCAUUUUGAUUGUACAGCAAUGUGGGUUAAAAACAGUCAAUCGCUUCAUAGGACCUUUAACGUUGAUCCACUUUAUUUGAAACACGAGAACAGUGGUUUAGCUGUUGACUAUAUGCAUUGGCAAAUAUCUUUAUCCAAACGAUUUAGAGCACUGAAACUCUGGUUUGUCCUUAGAAACUUUGGCAUUAAGGGUCUUCAAGAGCAUGUUCGGCAAGGUGUUCGAUUGGCUGGUUUAUUUCAAGACCAAAUAACACUAGAUCCAAGGUUUGAAAUACCAUCAGCCAGACAUCUGGGUUUAGUUGUUUUCCGGUUAAAAGGGGAUAACCAAUUAACUGAGAAGCUAUUGAAAAGGCUAAACUCAGAAGGUAAAAUACAUUGCGUUCCAGCUUCACUUAAAGGAAUCUAUGUUAUUCGCUUCACGGUCACGUCACACCAAACAAAUGAACAAGACAUUAUGUCGGAUUGGAAAAUUAUUCAGGAAACAGCAACUGCGCUGAUAAAUAUGUUUAAAACACCAAGUGGAGCAAGGAAAACUAUCAACCUGGCUGAGGCGAAGAAAUUACGACCUGAUUUUGGCACGAGUUUACUUUUAUCUAAUAGUCCGAUGACUCCUAAAGUAGUCAACGGUUCUUUUGUGGCCAUUUUUGAGAACAAUGAAGUUGUACCAGAGUUUGUUCGACAUCUUGGCAAUUCGUUGAAACUGGUGGCAAAACAAAGCCCUGAAUUACGAAGAAGAAUCAAAGGAUUGAUGUUGACAAAUAAGCAGUACAGUCUGGACUCUCGAAUUGAUCUUAUGAAUUCCAUAAUGGCAAAUUUAGAUCUGACAUCAACAGAAACGCCAAAACAGAGGAGAAGUGAAAGCUCUGAGGAAUUUGUUUUUCAGACAAAGGCGAUGCAAUCCAAGAAGAAGAAGAAAAAUGUUCGUGAUGGCCACGAUGAUGAUUCAUUUAUUGGAAACAUUGAACAAAUGUUAAUCAUUACACCAUAGAUGGUAGCUGCAGAUAAAUUAGGACCAAACCUGAAACCCUUAUUAUGCAGAAAAUUUAAUUGUUUUCACUUGAAUGUGUGUGUUAAACUAUCCAAAAGCAUUGUAUAAUUGGAAAAUAAAUUGAGAUGAAACGUAAAUAAACCGAAAAACAUUUUCUAUUUAAUUGUAUGAGUUGAAGAGUUAAAGAUAAAAAUGAUUUGGAUUUUUGACAUUUACAUUAAAAAUCAUUAUCAUCAUCA